AUGCUGCGAGUUGGGUCCUGGCUGUACGGCAAAAAGCCCGCCAAUGCCUCGACGCAAUCGCUUGACUCGCUGGCCGAGUUGAAAGACUCGGCGACCUAUAUCCUCAACGAUGAUGUCGAUAGCGCCGAAAGUGGCUUGGCCAAGGGCACCUCGUCUUUUCAUAAUUUGGGGAAAGGCAUGGUGGCUUUCGUCCGAGCGACUCUGGGCUUUGAACAGGAUAUCAUGCGUCAAGCAUCUGAACGGUUGAACGAGGCGGAGACAUCGGCCGCCGGUGAUCAACACCGGGCGCAACACAAUUCCCAUGCCCCCAAUGCUUUUCACUCGGAGAUCUAUACUGCGGGCAGUGAAUAUGCGUUGUGCCAAGCUAUCGCGCAACUGAUGGGUGCCGUCGUCGGCGUGCUGAACGAGAGUCUGACGGAAAGCAUCAGGGCAUUCUACCGGUUGCGAAAGGCGUAUAUCGCUCUAGAUGCUAUCUUGAAGAUGGAAGAGAAGUUCAUGGAAUUGCGAGAGCCCAGCCAAGUUCUUCUUCCAAGCGCCAAUGAUCUCUCCCGGGCCAGUACUAGCCAAGAUCCCAAGUCGUCAGACUCAUCCAUUGAGUCACCCAGCAAACUCCCAUCCGCGGCCCCUCGUGCUGUUUCCCCAGAUGGUCACGAUCUCUCUCACUCCCUAUCUAGUUUGACGGUCGCCCCGGGGUCGGAGCCUGUAUCCUCUGGAACUUCCACGCCCGGUGGUUCCAACGUUAUCAACCAUGACCCGGACUCGGACAUUUUCAAGAAUGAAAUCGACGUAUUCGUGCACUCCGGAGCCAAUUUCUGCUUUGGCAUCCUUCUCCUGCUCAUUUCCAUGGUCCCUCCGGCCUUUAGCAAGCUACUCGCCAUCAUUGGCUUCCGCGGUGACAAGCAGCGGGGAAUAAGGUUGCUCUGGCAAGCCAGCAAGUUCCACAACUUGAUUGGCGCCAUGGCUGCUCUGGCAUUGCUUGGUUAUUACAACGGCUUUGUGCGCUACUGCGACAUUAUGCCUGACCCUACGCCCGGCGAGGAUGAUGUGGAGGGCUAUCCGCAAGAAAGAUUGGCUGGAUUGCUUGCCGAAAUGCGGUCGCGUUUCCCGGACAGUCGGCUUUGGCUUCUAGAAGAGUCUCGGAUGAAAGGUGCAAACAAGGAUUUAGAGGGCGCGUUAAACCUCCUUUCUGAAACCAAGAGGAGCGCGCUCAAGCAGGUCGAAGCCUUGUGUGUUUUCGAGAAGAGUCUAAAUGCUCUCUUCUUGCACAACUACGAGGUCUGUUCCGCAGGUUUCAUCGAGUGUGUGGAUAUCAACUCCUGGUCCCGCUCGCUAUAUUACUACAUUGCCGGCUCCUGUCAAGUCGCUCUCUAUCGCCAAUCUAUCACAAGCGAUCCCAAGAAAGCAGAGCAGCAUGCGCGCAAGGCCGCCGAAUACAUUCGCAAAGCGCCUUCCCAGGCCGGCAAGAAACGUUUUAUGGCCCGCCAACUACCCUUCGAUGUGUUUGUCACGCGCAAGAUUGCCAAGUGGGAGGCCCGUGCCAAGGAGUGGAAUGUCGAGCUGGUAGAUGCCAUUGGUGUGGACCCGGUUGAGGAGAUGAUCUUCUUCUGGAACGGGCAUAGCCGCAUGACGCGCAGCGAGCUGGAACAAUCCCUAGUCCGGCUGGGAUGGUGUGAAAGCGACAAAAAUAAAACCUGGUCCCGCGAGGGACAGGAGGAGAAGGCCAUGCUGGAGCUUCUACGGGCUGCCGUGCUCCGGUCCCUGCAUCACCACGAGGAGGCGAAGCAGACCCUCAAGACCAAAGUGCUGAAUCAUGAAAAAUCUCUCUUCAAGGGUCACUUGAAGGAUGAUUGGGUUCUCCCGGCGGCACAUUUUGAAAUGGCCGCAAACCUCUGGAUGGAGCGGCCGACCUACCAAACCUUGCACAAUCUUUCGUCAGAUGUCUCUGAGAAGCCGGAGUACGAGAGAAAGCAGGUUCACGAUUGCAAGGAUCAUUUAGAACGUGCUGCCCGUUGGGAGAGCUACGAGCUUGAUGCUCGUAUUGGAUUGAAAGUUACGGCGGCCAUGGAAGCUAUCCACAAGUGGGAGACCAUGCAUCCGGCAUGA